CUUGCCCGCCUGUUUUAGGUACGUGGAGAGUGAAAGUAACGAGACGGGGUCAAGCUUCCUGUCAUUGUACUACUUUUGCAUCGUGUUAGACUGGUUUUUUACUCUCUCAGUCUUAACAUUCUUUUAUUCCUUCGAAUUUUUUUUGUCCCUUUCUGGCUUUUUGUUCACGACUUGUCGAGUCCUGAUGCCAAUGUCAGCGUCAGAAAAGACUCGAAACACGUCUUCCUUUACCGCCGUGCAGCGCAGUUUACCCGCGCUCCGAAUAACCUCAUCCAGCCUCUGCAAGUCCAGCUGCCAUUCGAGUUAUGGACUGGAUGCGGUCCCUGGCAUUGCGUUUGGAGUUCUGCAGGCGUAGGGCUUGAUACGUCGCCACCAACGAACGUGUCCCGCUUCUCUCCUGGCUUGACCUAAAUACCUGGCUGGCCUAUUAUUAUUUUUUUGCCCCCCUGCAUUUGGCAUGAAGUAUCUAAAAACUUUGGCCAUUAUCUUGCACAUAAACCUCGUAUAAAUUGAUCUCGCCGUCCCUCCCAGGCCCGCUCCCAUCAGCGGAUCUGGAAACGCUAGAGGCAAAAUCUUGGUAACCAUGGCGGCUACUGUUAAAACAGCGACGAUGGAGCCCGCGGGCUUUAGCGCGGCUGACAUUUGGAAGAGUGCUCAAAAAUGCCGGCGCGCCCUUCAGAAGAGACUGGAGCAGCUUCAUCAGAACGAAGGGAAGGGCAAUGAGGAUGCGUACCUCAGGGCGCUGGAUGAGAUCCUGUGCACCUUUCGACUGGGCUGCGUCGGUACUGUCUUUGAGGAUUUUGCCUACGCCACCGAACAGAAUGUCGACAAGCACCUAUGGAAUAUGCAUUCGACUAUCAACGGAGAGUUCCGUCGUGUUCGCUCUAGGUUAAACCCCAAGGCGGAGCCCAAGGUCGCCAUACUGCAUCGACAAGUCUUAAAGAUGCAGGGGGACUUUCUCCGCACGUCGCAGAAGUUCUACAAGGGCUAUCUCCAGCGGUUAUCGGCCAAGUACCAAAUACCCAACCUCGAUCGAGUGGCCAAAUCUGUGAGAUUUGACGUCACGUUGGACAAGGUGGAUCGCGAAACAAAUGCCGGACUGGAGUCUCAGAUUGUCCGGGCCUGUCAUCAGAUUUUGGUUCACCUGGGCGACCUGGCUCGCUAUCGUCUAGAAGUUGACCGGAAGCCGCAGAAAACCGACAUACCGCUGCUGUACCUCCGCCUCGCCAAUGAUUUGCUCCCCUCGUCUGGGCUUGGUUAUCACCAGAUGGCCGUUGUCUACCGUGGUAUUAAAGACCAAGACCUCGCCAUAGUUUAUCACCUUCAUCGAGCGCUUGUCGUGCAGGAACCACAUCCAAUGGCUGCCAAGAACCUGGAGAUUGAGUUUCAGAAACUGAGCCCAGGUAGUCCGAUGCGCGGCCGCAAUGCGUCUUUGGAUCCUCAAAUCACCUUGUCUGUGUGGUUCGUGCGCCUACAUGCUAUCUACUAUGCAGGCUUGGUUGUUCCCCAGCAGAAAGAACUGGAACGGGAGGUACUCCACCGGAUUCAGAUGCUACUAGUGACAAAGGAUACCGUCGGCCUCCUCCUCACUCUGGUUCUCACUAGCAUUGCUGCUUACGACUUUGCUUGGCAAAGAACUGAAGAAAAAUGGUCUGAAGAAGCCUCACAAUCCUGCCAGUUCAUCCUUGGCUUCAACAUUCGUAUCAUUGUCGCUGUCAACCGGGUUCUGGCAAAGCAGAUCCAAGAAGCACUGCAGUCUGUUACGCCAGCCCCGACAGCCGGCGAGACAUCUACUCCUGUGGCAGCCAAAACUACCGAUAAGUUCCUGACGGUCCUGCAGUCCGCUUUGCCUCUGUUGCGUGUCUACAUGGUUUGGCUUUGCAAGUAUCGUGGGGAUGUUGUGCGUUACGCAAGCCACCUCUCUCACGUGGCCGAGAUGCACGAGUCAAUGGCCGAAACCAUCUCACUCCUUAUCGAGGUCUUCCGGGACGACCAGAACGACGGCUCCACUGCCAAAUAUAUGUUGUUAGAGGACGUCGAGACACUGGGUUUCAAGCCUCUGGAAAAUGAAAAGGCCCCCUUUGUUUGUCGCCCAAUGCAUUUCUUCCCGGAUGGAACCGCAAAGCCCAGGGUUGAAGACUGCUCUUUCGACAAGUCUGACAACAAUGGCGAGACCCUUUCUCGAAUCAACGACGUUGUGAACUGUGGCUACUUCAUUGGAACCGAUCCCAACUAUCCUUUGACUAUUGCCCGGAAGCAAAAGGGCCCGCGAACCAUCACGAUCCUCAGUUACCAGGCCAAUUCGGGCUCGGAGAUGAUAAAUGGCAUGAAAAACUCGAGCAGCGCUGGUCAAAGCGAGCCGAUCACACCACAUAGGCAAAGUGCUCAAGGAUCUCCAGCACCAACAAAACUUUCCAGCACGAGUGGUGCGCAUCAGCAGCCGCAGCCGCCACAGGCACCGAUCGGAACUCCCAAUGCUGCGAUCACCAAAUCAACCGAGACUGAGUUUGAUGUCGACGAGGAGAUGCUUGGUAGACUAAAUGAGUUCCUAGUUCCUCCCGAAGUACACUCGCCGCAGCAGAGUGGCAUUGAAGAUCCGACUUUCUCUUAUGGCAUGCAUUCGACCACCGCCAACGAUGUCUUUGGGUCGCUAAACAGCCAGAAACCAGUCAAAACACCGACAUCCGCAUCUGGCAGGGCUUUCCCCACGCUUCCCUGGGACAUGUGGACCCCCACGAACCGAUCAGGCUUUGGAUUCAGUGCCACGGCUUCGCCCGAGGUUGAACCGGCUACAGCUUUCAGCCAGGCAGCCCACUACAGCCACGCACCGAGGAAGACUGAGCGUCUGCAGAGCCCCGGGCUUCCCAGUGCUCCCAGGGCUUCGGACACGGCAGAUGCGCAAGCCCAGGUAGCUGCCGAGCGCUAUGCUGCUGGUUCAUUUCCGAAUCGCAACUAUAGCAUUGGUGAAGCUUACAACAAGGAGAGGAUGGAUGAAAUUUCCAAGCAGGCCAGCUGGCAAUUCAAUCAGAAAAGACAGCCCGCACGCGUUCCCACCGUGUCAAUCCCGGCUCAGACUCCGAUCCGACAACCCUACAACCAACCGACCGGCUUUACCGACUCUCCGUUCUUCCAGUCGACCAAUUUCUCGUCCAGUGCUUCCGGAUUGCCUCAGGUGCAGGGCUCGUGGGGAUUUGCCGUUCCAGGAAAGAAGCCCUCAUGAAACAGGACAAGGGCACUGGUAACAAAACUCACCAACUUCGAAGCUGUCGUUGUGAACAAGCUCAGAUAAGUCAAUAUGCGCAAGGCUCAUGUGGCUUUGGUGAGCAAGUGUACCAUUCAACAUGGCACAGUUCUAGCGAACCGUCCCUGAACAUUGAUAUGUUUAGGAAGCGGGCUCUGCCACAUGGUCGGGGGCAGCUCGCAGAUUUUGUCUAUUAUACAGCGUUGAUUACGGGCACUAACUGCUCACUGCUAGCCUUUGUAAUCUGGACAAGGGCUCCUGGACAUCCACUGCCGGGUGCCGGAUUGCCGAUCUGCUCGGGCGACCAUGCGCCUUUGGGAAGUCAAAUACUCUGAGACCGAGGUUAUUCAGCGAUGGCUGCGGACAUGAUUACAGGCAGAAACUUGCCAAGCUGUGUUUCAUCCACCGGAGUGCAAAGCGGGUUGCUUUUAUUUUUCCGUUGAGUGUCUUGUAGUGGAUUAAUCUGGGUGUCUAUUCUGGCUGAUUAAGGGUCUAUUAUGGGUGGUCUGGCCUAUCAGGACCGUGGUAUCUUGAGGGGUUCUACACAUGAGUCUGCACAGCACUACAAAUUUUCCAGGGACAGGAGCCUCGCAUGCUUAAAACCCUGCGGGUUCUGGUUUGACGGGGAACACAGGAUCGUUCGUACUCCGGCGGCAGUCCUCCUUCCAGUUCCUCGGGGUGAACUUGUCUACUAUGGACUUGAAAGCUCUCUAAGUACAGAAGCUCUCAUUGCCAUCGAGGUGAUUUCCUGGGAUUCGGCAGCCAGGAAUGGUCACAGGUUCAUCAUUGUAUCGUACGCGUACGUAGUAACCAUCAAGCCUUUCUGUUUCACUUGGAGAUAGCUCGUCCAUAGUUCUUCGCCCAAUGCCCCCGGACGCCUUGCCGAUCUUGGAGCUAAAUGCGCUCCACCAGCCGUUACUUGUGGGCAAGACAGCUGCGGCAGUUGCCUUGGUUGGAUCACGGAACAUUUCAAUAGCCACAUGGCUGGUGUAUGGGGGCCACUUGUCCGUUUCAAAGGCACCCAAGCUGGCCAAGAUCCCAGCAAGGGUGGUGUCGUGACAGCCGCUGAGGCCAAACUUGACGGAAGCAUCCUUGCGGCUCUCGUUCUUCCGUUCAGUCCCUUCGGCGGCUGGUCCCUCGACACUGGAGACCAUCCUUCCGACUAUGUCCCCCAUGAGACUGCCGACGCCCAGGGCACGGUACUCACGCGACUCCUUGUACCCGCUGAACCACUCCUCAACGCCAAUCUUCUCCGUGAUGGCGAUGGCCUUCUUGUCGUAAAACUCACGGGGCAGCCUGGUCUCAGGCCCGUGGCCCAGCGUGGAGUUGACCGUGUCCAUGAUGCCCGACAGGCGCGGGCGCGAGUCCACGGCGACGCGGGGGCUGUCCUCGGGCAUCCACUUGGCCCACAGCCGGUUGAGGUACUCCAUGUCGGCCGAGUCGUUCCAGCGAUCGGCGGUACGCUGGGCAAAAGCGCGCGACAGGGCGGCCAGACGCCGACAGCCGGCUUCGUUGGGGUACAGGGUCUCGUCGCCGGGCGUGCGCGUGACGAUGGUGGGCGGGCGGAAGGCCGAACCGUCGGGCGCGGGCAGCCUCG